AUGUACAAGCAGCUGGCUUCGCCGACAACGAUUCGUGUUCUGCACGUUUAUCCUGCGCCCGAAACAGAUCCUCUCAUAUGCAGCCUGGAGCAUUGCGACAUCGACAGCGAUCCGGAGUAUGAAGCUAUCUCGUACGUCUGGGGCGACUCGGAUCUGGCAUGGUCAGUCAUAUGCGAUUCCAAUGUCAUACCAGUGACUCGCAGUCUGCACGAAGCUCUCCUGCGUAUUCGGUUACCGGAUCAGCGUCGAACAGUGUGGAUCGACGGACUGUGUAUCAAUCAGAUUGACGCUAUCGAGAAGUCACACCAGGUGCAGCUUAUGCAACGUGUCUACCGCAAUGCGUACCGGGUUCUAGUGUGGCUAGGUCCUGAUCUUCAUGGCGACGCCCGCGAUGCAUUCGAUGUCUGUUUUACAUUGGGCCAGCGAGAUAUGAACGCUGAAGAGCUUAGGAUUUCGUUAACAAACAUCAAUCUGCGUAUGGACACAUCCUAUGUAAUGUGGUACUCCUUCCGCGCCUUGUGUGAAUUCGCACUCGCAAAGGAUCUGCUCUUCUUAUGGGGCGCAGAAGAAAUACCAUGGAUAUAUAUCAACAUGGCUGUCAGCAAUCUUCAAGAGACAGACGUGAUGUGGCGCUUUACGCCAUACAAGUCUACGCUGCUCGAACCCAUAUCCCGAUUGUCUGCAAUUAAGGACCAACGCUGCUACGCGACGAGUUUUAUGGGAACUAUCCAUACAGCCAGGGCAUUUGGAUGCUCAGACAGUCGCGAUCGGAUCUUCGCAAUCUUGGGACUAGAAUGCGGUGAUGACCGUUGGGCAGCAGCAGACCCCGCUGGACAAUCGCUAGCUGAAGCUACCAUACCGGACUAUACUCUACCUGUAGAGCACGUCUAUCGGCAAUUUGCUAUUCGGGCCUUGCAGCGAGGUUUGACGGAAGACAUCUUCUUAGCAGUUCAACAUGGGGAACAGCUAGAAGAGUGGCAGCCAGGCGACAUGCCAUCGUGGUCACCACAUUGGGACCUGCCUCUCGUCAAUAAUUUUCCAUUCUGUCACAGACUGCACGAAAUUUGCAAGUUCCCCGGUCUUUCCGUAGAGAGUGGCAUCUCGUUUACGGGAUGCGGUUCCGAGCUGCUGUCUAUGUUACGAACAUACCUCGACCCGCUCGCUAUUGACACUCUCAACGUGCUAAGUGCUACUUUAGACACAAUUGUGGCUCUCUCGGACACCAUGGAGUUUGUGCAGUUCAGACUCCCGGGGACCAUUCUGGAAAGCUUCUGGGAAGAGCACAUCAGGCCUAGAGAAGCGGACCCUGGAUACGAGGCUGUCAUGACAGACUUAUGUGAGACCGCUACCUACUACAUGACUUCCGAAAACCACGUCAGUGCUUUCUACACGAUUUCUCAACACCCGUGGGAAAGAUCUCCGGCAGCGAUAGCGGAAUAUGCAAAAUACGGAGAGUAUGCCAUGCUGAGGUCCAUAGCGCAGCUGCUAUUAGAGACGAGCGAGAUUGCAUCUGUAGGAAACCCAGCCCUGCUAGAUAAAGAAAAAGGCGAACAUGGCUAUUUCAAGAGGUUUUACAUCACUCAGCAGGGCUACGUUGGAAUGUGUCCAGCCGCCGCUCAGCCUGGGGAUCAUGUCGCCCUAUUGUGGAACACCGAUUGUCCUAUGAUCUUGCGUCCACAGGAUGGCUUUUAUCGUAUCGUUGGCGGCUCAUACAUGGCAGCUGUGAACAGGAAGGAAAUGGAAGGCAUUCCUCACCCACUCGAUGAUCUACUGUCGGGUGGAUUGCAGCCAGAGGUGAUUCAGAUUCGUUGA